AUGAUGUGCGAGAUACAGGAUAGGCGGAAGGAAGGCCAGGCGGAGGGGGAGCAGGGGGGCGCGGCGGGGCCGGCACAGGCGGUGGGGGAGAGGUCGGGGGGCGCAGACGACGUUGUAGCUGCUGCACAGCAGCCAGACCAGGCCGCUGCUGCAAGCGCAGACUCUGCUGACCCUAGAGCGCAGCCCGAGCAUGCAGGGGACGCAGCUGCCGCCGCUGCAGGUGCGCCGGGAUUAGCCCAGGCUGGUCCAGGCAGGGAGGCAAGCCAAGAUAUGGGGCAGGGGGAGGGGGAGGGCGAGGAUGCGGUUGGUGCACUGGGGACCUCCCCAGUAGCUACCCGCCCCUUGGAAAACGGCGAAGGGGGAAGAUUUCCGACAGAGGCGCUGCUGGGAAACGGGGAGCGAGAGGGGCGGAGUGGGGAGGGAGCGGAGGAUGACGAGGGGUUGGGGAUGCGAGGAGUAGACGCUGGGGGGGGCAUUGUGAAGGAUUUUCACGUUGUGGGGCCGGAUAUUCUUAACUCCGCGUGGCGGAAACGGAAACGGCUGGAAGAGCUGGGGGAUGUUGGCGCAGCGGAGAAGAGGAGAGAUGGGGCGGGAGAUGGGGGGGCGGGGCUUGAGGCGGGCGGGGAGGAAGCGGGGGAGAGUGGGGACGGGCGUGAGGGCCUGGCGGCGAGUGUUAUAGAAGCUGUUUUGAACGGUGGUAGGAGAGUGGGGGUUGGAGGGAAGGAUGGGGAAGAUGGGGAGGGGGUUGUUGAGGAUGGUGGUGCAGCGGUGGGCGAGGAAAAGAAGAGUGGAGGAGGAGGAGGAGUGGGAGAGAGAGAGGUUGCAAUGGUGGGGGAAGGGCAUAAGAAGGCGGAGGCUUUGCCAGAAGUUGGUGUGAAGGCGGAUGGGGAAUUGGGCGAGCAGAAGGAGGAGGGAAAGUGUGAAGGCGCGGUGAAGGAGGAGGGUGGAGAAGGGAUUGUGGGCGUCAAGGAGGUGGCAUUUGCUGCUGAAAGUGCGAGUAAGAGAGUUCCGGUGGGAGUGGAGGAGAAGGCAGGUCGGGCUGUGGCGGAAAGCAGCCAGACGGAGAUUGCUGCAGGGACGAUGGAAAGGCUAUCUGUGGCAGUGGCGACGGUCCAAGUGGACGUGUCUACAGACGGAAGCAGAGGAGAUGCGCGUACUGGUGGGGAGCUGGUACAGGUUGUGGUUCAGGAGACUGUAGAGAGUCACGUGGCGGUUGAAUUGAAGGCGGUGGAGGGGGGAAAAGCGGAGGAGAUGAGUGGGAGGGAUGCGGGUGAGAAGGAGGAGGCGAGGGGCAGGGAUGGGAGGGCGAGGCUGGAGCAGCGGCCUGCGAUUGAGAUACUGGGAGCGGUGAGAGUGCAGGGCGCGGGCGGGUGGGUGAAAGCCCCUGCAGCUGCCUCCGCUGCUGGUGCUGCUGUGGCGCCGGUUGCUGCUGCUGCUGGUGUUGCUAGCGCUGGUGCUGGCGGUGCUGCUGGUGCUGGUGCUGAUGGUGCUGCGUUUUCCCGUGAGUCUGGUCAAGGGGAGGAGAGGCAGACGCGGUUGAGUGUAGGGAAGGCAAAAGAGCUGGAGAGGGAAGGGAGGGGAGAGGGAGGGAAGAGUGGCGUGCAGGCAUUGUUGCAGGGGGGGCAGAAGGGAGGGGCGGGAGAGAGGAGAGCACUGAAAGGGCUUGAGGUGCUGCAGAAGGCACAAGGCUCGCAGGCCAGAGAGGGGGAGAGGAGUUUUGAGGCGCCUCUAAACCAGGCCAGAGAGGCGGAGAGGGCGGUGGGUGGUUCUGGGCGAGAGGUUGGGAGGGAGAGGGAGGGCAAGGGAGAAGAGAAAGGCAGUGGGGUGGAGAAGGAGAGUGAGGAGAAAGUGGGGGUGGAGGGGGCGAGGGAGAAAGGUUUGAGGGGACAAGGGGAGAAGGAACAAGGGGUGAGGGAGCAUGGGGUGAGGGAACAAGGGGGAAGAGAACAAGGGGUGAGGGAACAAGGGGCGAGGGAACAAGGGUCGAGAGAAGGCAGGAGAGGGGUGGACAAGUUGAGGGAAGGCGAAAAGAGACCUCUGCCAAGGGAGAAAGAGCUGAAAGACGCGAGAAUGGAACGGGGGAGGAAGGAUCUGGAGAAAGAGGGGGUGGUGAUGAGGCGACCGGGGCAGGGGCAAGGCAGGGGCAAGGCAGAAGCGAGGGGGGACGUGGGAGGGCGGCAGGUGGGUGGUCCUGGAGGGCAAGCAGGGAAGAGUCCCGUGGGUGAAUCGCUCGUGGGCAUGAAGAGGAAGGCACGGUGGGAUGGUGCUGGGACAGAGGUUGCUGAGGAGGGCAGAAAGCACGGUGGGAAAGGGCUGAUUAAGGGGACUGGUGGGACGGUGGCAGCAGGAGCAGCAGGAGGAGGAGGAGGGGGAGGAACAGCCGGAGCAGGGGACGGUUCCAGGGCAGCAGGAGGUGGUGCGAGUGGUGGUGCAGCAGGCGCAGGUGCAGGUGCCCAACGGCCCAGUCCCAGGGCGUGGAGAGGGCGAGACUCAGAGGAGAUCUGGAAGGAGCUUGGGCAGAUGAACUUGCUGGGCGAGGGGGAUGGGGAAGAGGGAGCAGGCAGAGCGGUGCAAGUGGGGAUGAGUGUGGUGGCAGGAGGGGAAUCUGGGGGCGAGUAUGUUAAGGUUGAGUUAAGUGUGUGUGAGGGGGCGGUGCUUGGUGCAGGGGCCGUGAGGCGGGAGUUUGUGGGGGAUUUGAGGGUGUAUAAGAGGAGAAAGGUGAGUGGGAAGGGUUACAGUGCGGUGCAAGAGCAGCAAGGGGGGCAGGUGGUGGGAAGAGCGUUUCCGUAUUGGACUCGGCGUUAUCAGCAGAUGCUGCUAGAGAGAGGCACGCUGCAACUUCUGCCGGCUAGUCAGAAAGCCCUGCGCAGGGAGCAGGAAGAGCAGCAGCAGGAGCAGCAGAGGAGGAACCAGAGGCGCGUGCAGAAGCAGCAGCAGCAGGUGAGGGAGCAGGUGGAGAGGAAGGGGAGAGUGGCAGCACAGCAACAGGCAGCGGGAGCUGCUACUGCUGCUGCUACUGCUGCUGCUGCUGCUGCUGCUGCGGCUGGCCCGUCAUCCUCUCUCACGGAUCUUCUGCAGCAGCUACAACACACGUUAGAAGCUGAGAGGGGCCAGAUGGACGAGCAGACGCGAGAAGCCGCCAUGCGUGCUGCUGCUGCUGCCGCUGCGGCCGCUGCCGCUGCGGCCGCUGCCGCUGCCGGCGCUGGUGGCGGCGGGAUUGCAUCUGCUGCUGCGUCGGCUCUAGCUGGCUCCUCUGGUUCGGGUACUGCAGGGGGGUCGAUGAAUCUUGUGUCUCCCAGGGGGAUGAAAGCGACAGCAGGGGGGAAAGGUGCAUGGGGAAAGGCGCCUGGGGAGAUGGGUGGGAGUGGGGAGCAAGGAGCAGGGGUGAAUGGGCCUGGGAAGAAACGAGGAAAGGAUGGGGCAGAGGGGAGGGGUGAUGUGGUGGUGAGGUCUAGGUUGCUGCGAGGGGGGUCGGACGGUGGGGGUGGGGAGGCGGAUGAAGGGGAGAGUGUGAGAGGGAAGGGGGUGAGUGGAGGGAAGAAAGGGGUGGGACAGGAGGGACGGGUGCAAGGGCUUGGUGGGUUCAAGAGUAGCAGUUUGCGGAGGGGGGUGGGAGACGAGGGGGAUGGGGGAGAAGCGGGUAAGGGAGUGAGAAAGAAGAUGGUUGGGAAGGGUUAUGAUGGUUUGAAGGAUGGGAGGGAGACAGGGAGUGGGGCAGGUGAGGGGGAAGGGGGAAUCAGCACCCGGACUAGAAGAAAGGGGCACGUGGGUGGUGAUAGGGGCAGACAACUGGCUGUGGAGGGACGUGGGAAAGAGCAGGGUGAGGACGAGAGCAAGGAGGGAGAGGGAGAGGAUGAUGAGAAGGAAGGGGAAGACGAGGACGGGGAGGAGGAGGAUGAGGAUGAGGAGGAUGAAGAGGAGGAGGAGGAGGAGGAGGAGGGGGAUGCGUCGUCUGAAGACUCAGCUGGGUCGGAGGUUCUGGAGGUGGGGGAGGAGGAUCAGCAAGUGGAGGUAGUGGGGGGCAGGAGCAAGGUGGAGAGGCGAGGAGUGGCCCCUGGUGGUGUGAGAGACGGGGUGAGGGAGCGGGCAGGGCAGAGGGUGCAUGGGCAGGGGGGCAGAGGGCCAGGGCCAUUGCACGCGGCAGGGAGGAGAGGAGUGGGGCCGUCAACAGCAGCAGAGGCCCAGGGUCGGUUGUUGGAGUGCAACGGGCUUAGGGAAGGAGACAGGCCGAAGCUGCAGGCGCCUUACGAGGGACCCGUCCCCGCUCGGCCUUUCAGAGCAAGCUUCCCUAAGCCAACCGGCCCUACUGCUACCACUACUGCUCCUAAACCCUCCGCUGCUUCUGCCCCUACCUCUGGGCUUGGUUCAGCGCCUGUGCCUGGUACUGCUGCUGCGCUGCUCGCCUCCUCCCAGCCAAGCAUGCGAGAUCUUCUCAAAACCGCCGCCAAUGCAAAGAAGGCGCUUCUGACCUCCGCCUCUGCCCCCUCUCUACUGCCGCCUCCCAUCUUCCCUCCACCCAUCUUUCCCCCUGGCGUUCCCCCCCCUCCGCCUGGUUUCGCCCCCCCACCAACCUCGUUCGCGGCGCCGCCGCUCCCUUUCCCGGCGUCUCCUUCCACUGUGUCUCCUACCGCCGCCGCCGCUGCAGGUGCCUCUGCAUCUCUUUUCCCUGCCAUGCCUGCUGAUGGCCCUGAUAAUGCAACGGGGGAGCCUGCUGGGGGUUUCCCCCCUGGGUUCAGUAUGGGCGUGGGUUCCCCCAGGCGAGUGGGCGAUGCAGGACCGGCAGGGGACGGUUUGGGUGGGAGCGGUGGUGCUGCAGGGGUUGCUGGGGAUGAGAAAGAGGGAGACGAGGCAGGAGGUGCGGGUGGGGAGGUGAGGGCAGUGGAAGGGCGAGGGGGUGCGGGUGCUGGGAUGGGCGAGGGGCAGGAGGGUGGGAGUGGGCAGGGGGAUGGGGAGGAUGGAGCGGAGGGGUGGAAGGGCAGGGGGAGUGCUGCAGGUGCAGGGGCCGUCGGUGAUGCAAGGGAUGGUGUGGCAUGGGCGGGAGGGGCAGAAGAUACGGAUGGGAAAGGGGAAGAGCCGGGGAGCAGUGGAAGAAGAGGAGGGGCGGGAGGGGGAGGAGGAGGGGGUGCGGGAGGGAGUGGUGUGGGUGGUGGUAGUGCGGGUGUGGGUGCGGGGAGUGAGCUUGAGUCCGCAGUGAUGAGGGAUACGUUUGGGGGGAUGCUAGAAACGCUGUCUCGCACCAAGGAGAGCAUUGGUCGCAUGACUCGGCACGCUUUGGCAUGCGCCUGCCUUGGGAUUGCAGACCAGGUGAUGGAGAUGGUGGUGUCACGGCUGGAGAACGAGAUGAGCAUGCACCGCAAGGUCGACCUCUUCUUUCUCGUCGACUCCAUCACCCAGAGCUCGCACCUCAAAGGUGGGCCACCAGCAGUGUAUCCGGAAUUGGUGAAGGACGCCUUGCUACGCAUUGUCACAGCUGCUGCCCCUGCCGGCCCUGCUGCUCACGAGAACCGCCGCCAAUGCAUCAAGGUCCUGCGUCUGUGGAAGCACAGGCAGGUGCUGGCAGAAGAGGUGCUAGCACACUACAUAGACCAGAUUGAGGCGCGCAACCGCGACCACCAGCUUUCAAGCCUGCCUGUCCCGCCCUCCUCCCACCUGCAAGCCCAAGCUGCAACAAGAGGCGGAGCAGGGGAGAGGGAGCAGGAGGAGCAGGAGGCGCGCCCCCCGGGGAAUUAUGACCCGCAGCUGCAGCAGCACGGGCAGGAACAAGGGCAGGGGCAGGAGGGUGGGAGGAAUCGAGGGGUGGAGUUCAAAGUUCCCGCGUACGGGCAGGGGGGGGAGCAGCGAGGCGAAGGAGGGGCGCAUGGGCAGGAGCAAGGGGCAGGGGCGCAGCAGUCGCACCACCACGGGAAUUUCGCCCAUCCACACAAGAGUUAUCACAAGGGGGAGGGGGGGGCAGGGGGAGGGGGACAGGGAGUGGGAGCACACAUGCUGGUGCCGAUGAUAAACUCGGAUCGGCAGCUGAGGCGACCGUCGCGGUCUGAGAGAGCGCUGGAUGAUCCGUUGAGGGAGAUGGAUGGGCUUGUCAUGAACGAAUAUGGCAGCAACGCCACAUUCGCCCUGGCUCGCCUUCUCACCGCAAAACUCGGGGACGCCGAGGCUCAAGCAGCCGCGCCUAGUGCUGCCGCGGUGGCAGCAGCAGCGGUUGCAGCAGCGUCGACCACAGGUGCAGCUGCAAGCACUUCAGGGUCGGAUCCGCUCCGCUCUGACUUCCCUCUCCCUCGCUCCCGCUCCGCCCAUUACGAUAUGCAAAGGAGCCCUCUCGGCUUGCAAGGCGCUGCCGCUCCCUCCGCUUUCACUGCUGCUUCUGCUGCUGCUGCUGCUGCAUCUGGGCCUGGGAUAUUCCCCUUGCAAGUGUCCGCCUCUGCUGUGCAACUGUACUCGUCAGAAGCUGCUUUGCUACAGAGUAAGGAGGUUGCUGGAGGAGCCGGGGCGGGGCUGGGACAGGCGGGGGGCUGUGAAGGAGCGGAGAGGGCACAGGGUGAAGUGGGCAAGGGAGGUGAAUCAGAAUCGCUGCUUUCUGCUACUGCUGCUGCUGCUGGUGCUGGCAUCAUCCCCCCCGGUUUCCUUACAAGGGCUGUCCCUGGGGAGCAACAGGGGUCCGCGUUUACUGGUGCAGCAGCAGCGGUGGCAGCAGCAGUCGCCUCUGCAGCCUCUGCUGCAGCCAGCGCGGUGGCUGCUGCUGCUGCUGCCGCCUCGGGAGUGCCGCGGCCUGGCGUUGUCCUGAUGGAUAGCGGUGCUGGGGGCAGUGGGGCACGGGGCAGCGGCCGUGUAUUCUCCCAGUAUCCACCUUCCCACGGUAAGUUCACAGGAGCUGGUGGUGUUGUGGAGGCGUCUGUUGCUGGCAAGUCAGAGCAGGGAUUUGCCCCGCUUCCCCUGGCGCCUCUGCCUUUCCCCCAUAUGAACCCGCCCCAGUUCCCGCCCCCCUUUGCCCAUGGCAUGCAGGGGGGUCCUUCCGCCCCCCAGCAGCAAUCCAGGGGAAAUGGAAACUGGUUCCCCUGCCACUUCCCCCCACCUGCGCACGUGCAGCAAGGGCCGAUGGGUGGAGGGGGAAGAGGCUUGGGCGAGGGAGCGGAAGGUGUACGUGGGUUGCAAGGGUUUGCGGCAGGGAUGGGCGUGGGGAUGGGGAUGGGCACAAGCCCACACCAGCAGCAGCAGCAGCAGGAUAUGCGGAUGGGGAAAUCUGGGCAGGAGGGCAAGGAGGCAGAGAGGCCUGUAGGAACAGGCAGAGGCGGGGAGGGGGAGCAGCAGUGGCAGGCACGGCACGCAGACAGCACCGACAGGACAAGGGACGGCGAGAGAGUUGAAGGAGCGAGGGGUCAAGGGAUAGGCAGGGCGGAGGCGAGGGAGGAAGUGCACGGAAGUGGGGAAAGAGGGAAAGGCGGUAUGGGGAUUUGUGGGAGGGAGAGUGGGGAAGGGAGGGGGUCUGUGAGGGUAGCAGCAGAUCCGGUGCAUGGCAGUGCCGCCGAAAGCACUGCCCAGAAAGCACUGCCGCCUCUCCUGGCCACCCCUGCUCUGAACCCCCUGCCUCCAUCGGCGACUGGGGCGGCUGCUUCUGCUGCUUCUGCUGCGACUGGCGGCGCUGCUGCUGGUGCAGCAGUGGCUUCACAGAGGCAAGCAGUGGCGCCUGUAGCUUCUGAGGAAUCGCCUGUGAUCACUCCGCUCACAGCAGUUUCCCAGAAGGAGCAACAGGAGCAGCAGGAGCAGCAGCAGCAGCAGGAGCGUGGGGAGGUGGCAGGGCGACUGGCAGGGCUGCAGGUGGGUGAGGGAGCCCCGCAUGCUCCGUGGGUGGAGCGACGAGCAUUGCGCGCACGAGAGGAGACGGGCGCAGCAGCAACAGCAACAACAGCAGCAGCAGCGGCGGCGGCACCAGGGGCAGCAGAGGAGGAGGGGCAGGAGAGGGGCGUGGGCAGUCAGGAUGGGUUGCACACUCCCAGGAGAGUGCGCUCGUUCACCCAGGCGCCAGGAGCACUUGCUGCAGCUGGGAAACCGUACAGCACCCAGGGCCCCCCUCCGUCCUUUACUACUCCGAUUUCUGCUGCCACAGCUGGAUCAGCAGCAGGGGCAGGAAUGUCUGCUGCAGCAGCGGUAGCAGGAGCAGCUAGCGUUCCUGCUGGGGCUGCUGCUGCUGCUGCGACUGGCGCUGCUCGCAUGGGUGAUGCGUUGGUUUCUAGAGCUGGGCCUGCUGCAACAGCAGCAGCAGCAGCUGUGGGGGAGAGCGGCAGAGGGAGUAGCAUGCAGAGGGGCGUGCAAGGGCAGAGCACGGAGAAGAGGGAGGAAAGCCUUAGCCAGGGGUCACAGGGACAGGCGGAGGACAGGGUGGGUGCGAGUGGGGAGGAGAUGCAGCGUGGAGGGUCUCCAACCCGCAAGUCUGGCCUCAUGGGCCCCCCUCCUGCUGCUCCCCCUGCUCCUGCCAGCGCUCCAACCACCCCUGCGGCAUCAAGAACCCCAACUGGAACAACCCCUGUAAACACACCGCUAUCCGCCGCUGCAGCAGCAGCAGCGGGUGGAGGUGCAGGGGUGAAGCGUUCUCCUGUCCAGCAAGGCUCGAGCCACAGCCAGGGUCAGCCGGUGUCGCCGCUCCCUCCUCCCGCCCGGCCCCCUCAAGCGUCUCCCAUGACCGCUCCUCCCCCACGCCGCACGUUCCGAAGCUCGUCCGGCUCUACUGGUGAUGCGCCUGGUCAUCACCGGUCCCUCUCCCCUUCCUUCCGCCCGUCUCUGUCUCGAUCCUCAUCCGGCCACUCCUCUCCUCCUUCUGGCAUGCCCCAUUCUCCUCCCCACUUGCGCCGGUCGCCCAGCCACCCGCACAUGCAUGCGCACUCGAACCAGCGGGCGGCACAUGGGCAUGCUCACGCGCACGCACACUCGUUCGGGCUGGGACCCGCAGCAGCAGGGCACGGGGCAGGCAUGGGUGGGGGGCCAGGAGAAGGGAGCAUGCACACUGAGUGGAGAGGGGGGGGACCGGAGAGAGGAGGAGCCCCCCACCGGCGGCCUCCCCAUCUGCACCGGGGACCAGACAACCCCAUCUCCUUCGCUGCUCCCCGCCACCACCCGCCGCCUCCCAUGCACCCCCACCACCUGCCCUCGCAACCACCGCACCAGCAACAGCAGCAGCAGCAGCAGCAGCAGCAGCAGCAGCAGCAGCAGCAGCAGCAGCAGCAGCAGCAGCAGCAGCAGCAGCAGCAGCAGCAGCAGCAGCAGCAGCAGCAGCAGCAGCAGCAGCAGCAGCAGCAGCAGCAGCAGCAGCAGCAGCAGCAGCAGCAGCAGCAGCAGCAGCAGCAGCAGCAGCAGCAGCAGCGAGGGCAGCCCCCUUGGAACCCGUACAUGGGCAUGGGUCCCCCACCCCCUCCCCAGCACCACCACCAGAUGCAGCCGCCCAUGCCGCCUUCCCCCCCGGACUCUCCAGGCCAUCAGUUCCGCUGUGCGCCUGGUGCUAUGGGCGGUGGUGGUGGGGGGGGUCCUGGUGGUCCUGGUGGUCCGGGUGCGGGUGCUGGUGCUCCCCCUGGCGGCAUGGGCCAACGCCCCUCCUUCCGCCGCCCUGUUAGCUUCCGGCACCUGCCACCGCCGCAGCAGCAGCAGCAGCCGCCGCCGCCGGCGCAGCAACAGCAGCAGCAGCCGCCGCCUCAUUUCAACAGGUGGAGAACACACGGUCCCCCUUAG